CAGAGACAAAACACUCCAAAGCACAGAAAGCAGCUUAUCUUUCCCCAAGCUACACCCUGCAAACUUUUCUGUGCGUAGUCACUUUUUCUUUUUGUGCAGCUACACAACACAGCAGGAUGAGCUCUGACGACUUCACCAGCAGUGCACAGUCCAAGCUGCAGAAGGCAAAAGACAUGAAGGAUGAGGAUAAGAUGUACACAUAUAAUGGGGUGAAAUACCCGAGCCUCAUGUGCCCUGAAGAUCACCUGAAGGCUCUGGUGGACAUGGAAGCCAGAAAGGAUGACCUUGUGCUUGUAGCCUAUCCCAAAUGUGGUUUUAACUGGAUGGUGGGUGUGGUGAGGAAGAUCAUUACAGAGGCCACUGGAGUGAAAGUUGAAACCAAGAUGCCCCCACUGAUUGAGUUUAUGGGACCCCAGGCCUUAAAGGCUGUAAGUGAGGCUCCAUCUCCGAGGUUUCUGGGGACUCACCUGCAUCCUGAUAACAUCCCUGCCUCCUUUCAUGAAAAGAAAACCAAAAUGUUGGUGAUCUUCAGAAACCCCAAGGACACCUUGGUCUCCUUUUAUCACUUCUGCAACAAAAACCCAGUGCUUCCUAAUGUGGAGUGGGAUUCCUUCUUCUGCGACUUCAUGUGUGGUAAUGUUGGCUGGGGCUCAUACUUUGAUCAUGCCUUGGCCUGGGAAGAGAAGAUGAAUGACCCCAAUGUUUUGUUUGUCACCUUUGAGGAACUAAAAGAGGACCUGAGUAAGGGCAUCCGUCAGAUCAGCACCUUCUUUGACCUCAGCUUGACAGAGAGUCAGGUUCAGCAGAUCACAGAGGAGAGCACCUUCAAAGCCAUGAAGCAAUGCUCGGCCAAUGCCCACAUUAUUGGAGAUAUAAUCUUCAGGAAAGGUGAGGUUGGGGACUGGAAGAACCACUUUACACCAGAACAGAGCAGAAAAAUGGAUGAGGCAUUCAAUGAAAAACUGGCAGGAACCAGGCUGGGAGCUAAGCUUAACUACCAGAAGUAUUGUCAGUAGAAUGCAAGGGAAAAUUAAAGGAGGGAAGUAUGCUUAAAAAAGCCUUGGGGACUUCUCUGCCCUGAGCUGGCUAGGAAAGAUCUCUUCCCUCCAGAAAGAUCUGUACAGAUCCUUUGAAUACCUCUACAGAUACUGUUGGAGGCAGGAAUCUGAGACAAAAACUGCUUGGGAGGCUCAACUCACAGACAAAAGUCUCUUGUGAAAAGUUGAAAAAAGAUAGGGGGGCAAGAGGGGAAAGGGAUGUAUUAUGGGUGAUCAGGGCUGUUUUUGUUGUUGUGAAAAUUGCACAAAUUUAUUAGUCUGAGGAAUUAUGAAACAAUUUAAGAGAUAACCUUUCUAUGUGCUAGCCAUGUGUUAUUUAUUGUGGUCAUGGCAAAAGAGGUCUAGGCUUCUUACCUCAAUGACAGAAGACCCUUGAUAAAGGUUUUCCUUUUCUGCAUAUCAAAAGCAAAUGCAUUCCUUUGCAGAAAUUAGCCUAUUGAAAAACUUGCUUUGACAGAUGACACAUAGCCUACAACGCAUUCAGAAAGCACUCAGACCCCCUUCGCUUUUUUCAAUUUUGUCAUGUUGCAGCCUACAUCAUUUAAAUUCAUUUUAAUUCUCAUGAAAGAACUGAAAAAUCUCAGUGACACAAGUAUUCAGACCUCCUCCCAUUUUUCUUGAUCUUUGCUGAGAUGUUUCUACACCUUGAUUGGAGUUCAUCUGUGGUAAAUUGAAUUGAUUGGACAUGAUUUGGAAAGGCACACACCUCUCUAUAGACGGCAUCAGAGCUGGCAAAGAAUAUUAGAGCAAAAACCAAGGCAUUAGGUCAAAGGAACUGGCUACAAAUCUCAGAGACAGGACUGUUGCAAGGCACCAAUCUGGAGAGGGCUACAAAAAAUUCUGCUGCACUGAAGGCUCCCAAGUGCACAGUAGCCUCUAUAAUUCUCAAAUGGGAGAAGUUUGGCGACACUAGUUUACAACAAUAGGUUUUAAUUAUCCUCAAAUGUGACCUCAUUCUGAUGGAGAAACUAUCAUUUAAAAACACUUAUGAGAUUAUUGACUCACAAAAAUGUGCACAAUCACUGUUCUGUCAUUUUGAAGAUUACAAUGAAGAAUAAAAUCAUCCAAUUUCUCA